AUGCUAUUUCGACUACCCGCGGCACCGAGGUGCCACAGCUGCAGGUUGUUUACGACCGGGUCUGCAGGCACUGCCAUCGGCGCCACUGCUGCAACCGACAUCCCCACUCCAUCGCAUGUGGCCGCACCUCCUCGCCGACAACAACGUCAUUCUCAACUUAUACGCAGGAGAAAUACAGUUGCUGUCGCAACGGACAUGAUCUCCAGACUACGGGGAGCAGGCAUGUCCCCGGCCGAGAUAGUGCAGAUGCUGAGGACACUGCGCCACAGGGCGUCAACACCGCCGGCUACAGAGGUCGACCCAUCGCUGAAUGAGCGUGUAUGCAGCAUACUCCGCCGUGGUGCUCAGGAUUGCCAGUUGCACAAACUGCAUCAGUCGGUUUCUAACCUAACAGAAACUCUGUCAGUGUUCACCGACGCCGGCGUACCCGAGCCCAUGGCCCGGGACAUUGUGCACAACAAUCCGACGCUGCUCGCUCUAAGCAAGGCUGAUGUCGAAGCACUGUGUUCGGAACUCCUGGCAUCCGGAGUGGACUUGGGCGACUUCGCAUCGAUUCUAUCGCAACACUCACCGCACGCAGUUGUGUCAGACAACUCAUAA